AUGUAUUCGUUUACAGUGUCCUCCCAGGAUUGUCAACAGGACGUGGUGGUCACGUGCAUCCAGCCAAUACUUCCGGUCCUACAGGAUCUCGUCUCCGGCCUGGAGACCGGAAACAUCAACCUCCCGGCACUUGCCAAUGGCUGCCCUGAUUACCGCAUCUACAAAAACUGUACCUCCCCCGAGUGUCUGCCGCCGCUGUUCAGAGACGUCGACCAACUACUGCUCGGGGCUUUCUCCUACAUCUGCGACGACGUCUUUUCAGACAUCCAGCGAUACAGGCAAUGUUUGGGGAAUUUCAACCUCAACGCCGACUUCAAAGAAUGCGGCAUCCGAGCUAACGACAUUGCUGCUUCCGACAGGGACCCUUGUCGGUACUAUGACGAGUUCGAGACUUGUCUUGAUGACGUCACCCGCACGCGAUGUGGAAUGGACCAAGCACGAGUAAUACGUGGAUAUCUUAGCGUGGCCAAUGCGCAACAGAAACGGGAUCUACAGUGUGAAACACCGCCACCUGUCGACCAGGGGGAGACAACUGUAAGUCAGACAGCAUCUCCUCCAACGUUCCCAGUGCGGUGCUGGGACUGCAACAGCGGCAUGUCACGUGACCAGAACCCACUGUGUCCUGUGAGCGGUAACCUCACGACGGAUCUCCUCACCAGCGUCAUGUGCGACGACGCCUGUUUCGUGAAGACGGCCCGUUGGAAUAAACACAUUAUCUACCGGGGGUGUUCUAAGGGGCACUACUUACCGGAAGACCUGGAGCGGACCGGAUGUAUCGAGAACGAGAACGAGGGUGUGGUCUGGUGCUUCUGCUCGACCGAGAAAUGCAACACACAGGAUAUGACGUCAUUCUUAGACGAGCGCGAGUGAACUUGUGCUCUAACAUAUCUAAUGAUUCUCUUCGAAAAUAAGUCCCAUCAUGCAUAAUGAUUCUCUAAUGAUAUAAAAUGUAUUCAAACAGGACAUUGGAGAAGUCUUUCUUUGAUUAACCAUUAGAGGUUUCAAAUCACAAUAGCAUACCUCAUAAAAGUAGCGAACUAACGUAUAAACAUGUCCAACCCCAGAGAUAGGUAAUGCCAAGCACGUGAAACACAUCCGCGCAUGAGAAAGAUGGUUGUAUCUUCAAUGAAACUCCACAUAAGUGUAACACAUUAUAUUGGGAUUACACUUUCUCAGUAAAGUACAGAUUCUAGUACUUGUGUUGGGUUGAAGCUUCGGUGGCUGAUUGGGUUAGACCACUGACUUUGGCGACUCUGAGGGUGUCCCAGAUGGGACCCAACUAGAGUAAUAGAAUCAGUACUUCACUGAGAACGUGUGAUCCCAAACAUAACAUGCGUUACAUUUGACCACUUUCUAAAUGGCAUUGGGUAUUCAUGC